AGGGGGAAGUUAUGCCGAUCAGUCCUGCUCGGGCCUCUGCUUCAGAGGAAUCCACCACCAGCAGUCUUUUCAAGGAAAUAUCCAAUGAUAACGAACUGGAAACUGGAAAUAUGACAUCUGACUCUGGUUCUGCUGCACCAAUAACCAGCAAAGAUGAUCGUGAACCACUCAAGACCCGAAGAGAUCCCUAAGAUACGGCUUAUCAGCCUUUCUCGAGCUAUCUUCAACGUGGAUACGGAGUCUAGUUUCUCUGCUGCAGGGCCUGUAACAGGUCUAAGAAGUUACUCAGGACCGAUGGCACAUUCAGGCGACCUCUCCCAUAGAUCGAACAGCAGCACGACAAGCACUCGCUCAUUUGCCUUCCCUACAUUGCAGUCUGAAUGGAAUAGCAGUCCAGUUCGAAUGGGGAAAGCUGACCGGAGACAAUAUCGGAAGCAUUGUGGUUGGAGGCACAGCAUUCUUUGCUGUAAAUUCUGGGGAAAAAAAAAAGAAAAAAAGUUCUAUACCAUCCAUAGGUUAUACAAAUUUCUUAUGUAA